AUGCCUCAGAUUGCAGGACGAGAAGUUGGCACCAUCGGCUUCGGCCUCAUGGGCCUCACAUGGCGACCCGAGCCCUGCUCCCAAGAGCAGGCCUUUGCGGCGAUGCGCGCGGCGCUCGCAAGUGGCGCUAAUUUCUGGAACGGCGGCGAGUUCUACGGCACACCCGAACACAAUAGCAUGACGUUGCUCGCGGCCUACUUUGAAAAGUACCCCGAGGACGCGUCCAAGAACACGCGGCGAUCCGUCGACGAAAUCGUUUCUCAGCUCAAGGGCACCAUCAAGGUCGACUUGUUCGAGUGCGCUCGAAGGGACCCCAACGUGCCGCUCGAGACUACAUUUGGUGUGCUCGAGAGCGAGUACAUCAAGACGGGGAAGAUUGGUGGCAUCUCUCUCUCCGAGGUCUCCGCAAAGACUAUCCAUGAGGCGGUCAAGGUCACCAAGAUCGAGGCGGUCGAAGUAGAGCUUAGCCUCUGGGCCACCGAAGUCUUGGAGAAUGGUGUGGCCGAGGCGUGUGCUCAAUACAACAUUCCGCUGGUCGCCUACAGCCCUCUCGGACGCGGUAUCCUUACUGGACAAAUCAAGACUCCCGAUGACAUUCCAAAGGGAGAUUACCGUCAUCACCUGCCACGCUUCCAGCCUGACACGUUCCCCAUCAACCUGGAGCUCGUCCGCGAGGUAGAGAAGCUGGCCAAGAAGAAGAACUGCACCAUGUCACAGCUCGCCAUUGGUUGGUGUCUCACAUUGGCCCGACGGCCCAACAUGCCCACCAUCAUCCCCAUCCCUGGGGCUACGACGGCUGCGAGGGUCGAGGAGAACAACAAGAUCGUAGAACUUACCGACGAGGAAAUGGCAGAGAUAGAUCACAUCCUUGGAAAGUUUGAAGUGGUCGGCGAUCGAUAUGCCGCUGGAGUCCCGGUCCACACGUAA